AUGGACGGUAUUUGGGAGUUGAGGAGUGUAUCGAUGUUUUUUACGGAUGUCAGCUGCUGGGAGAUAGGCUCGCGUAAAUAUUCAGGUUUUCUCCGCUACGACUUGAGUCGGGGUUUAGUUACAGUGUUUUUCAACCCGUAUGAGAGUGUGAAUCAUCUAACUAUCCUCGCACAUGGACAAAGUGUAUGGCUUUCGUUUGUCGUAAAGGUAUGUGACGCAUCAAGUUUCACUUCGCGUACUCUUGAUUGCUUCUCGCUUGCAUGA